GUGGCCUUUAUAAGGCAAGGUAUGGCCGUGCUCAGUUUAAUAUGGUUCAAAUGGUUUCCCUCCGCUACUCGUUCGUUUCAAUUUCUGUGGGCUUUCUCCUGAUGAUUGGAAUCAGAGCAGCGCGGAGAUGGGAGUACGAACCCAUAUCGGUCACUGGCAUCUCUUCGAAUGACAGUUUAAUAAGUUUCGAUACCAAAAUCGUUCGCAUAUCUCGCGGAGAAUUCGGAGUAUCAGGCAUAGUCGAGUGGAACUACGAUACAACUGACGAAACCAUGAUGGAGGCCGUGGUCUACCGAAGUUCUUCGGGAGAUGAGAGUGACUACAAGCUGCUCCCUUUUUCCGUGCCCAAGCAAUCCUUUUACGAUUACCUGAACAGCUACUAUAAGGAAGUAAUAAUGAAGAAUCUGGGCCACUGUUCCAAUGUUCCGCAGUUUAAGGGCAAAUUCCAACCGCCAUGGCCAAAGAAGACUUAUAUCGCUGAAAAAUGCGUUUUUAAGGCCGAUGGAUUGCCGGAUAUCAUACUGCCCGGAUUCUACAAGAUUGUAUUUAAUUGUACCGGACCGAACCAGCCGUCAUGGGACUUUAUUGGUAUUGCUAAAAUAAGAAACAAAAUGUUUUGAAAUCAAAAAAUGUAGUUGCUUACUUUUGGUAAGACUAGUAUUUUUUAACCUAACCACUGUUCAUGGUUUGAUAAAAAUGUCGUGCCAAAGUGCACAUUAUUAAUAAAUCGGUGGGCUAUAAUCUA